UCAAGCCUCAUAAUGAUGUCACCGUCCGGGUCCUGCUUGUCCUUCUGCAAACACCACCAACAGCGAGGUAAAAAGUCGCCGAGUCAAAUCCUGCCACACCACACCACACACCACACCACACCAUACCCAGCCACACCACAUCCAGCCACACCACACCCAGCCACAUCACACACCAUACCCAGCCACACCACACCACACCGUACCCAGCUGCACCACACACCAUACCCAGCCACACCAUACCAUACCCAGCUGCACCACACACCACACCAUACCCAGCCGUACCACACACCACACCAUACCCAGCCGCACCACACACCACACCACACCAUACCAUACCCAUCCGCACCACACACCACACUAUACCAUACCCAUCCGCAUAACACCACACCAUACCCAGCCACACCACAUUACCCUCCCUCUCCUUCCCUUCCCUUUCUCAGACUAGCUUUCCCUUCCCUUCCCUUUUCCUUCCUUGCUCUGCCUUCCCUUCCCUUUUCCUUCGAUUCCCUUCCUUGCCUUUUCUUCCCUUCCCUACUGCAGCCUUGCCUUCCUCUCCCUCCCAUCCCCUUCCCUACCCUGGUCACUAUAACUACUGUAGGCAGACACACUUCAGAAGUGGAUCUUCAUGUGCCUGGCAAUGUCUCUCUUUGUCUUAAAGAGCUUUCCACAAACAUCACACUUGAACUCUCUAAGGCCAUAGUGCCUGAAGACGUGUUCAUUGAGUGCCUGCUUCACACUGAACCUCUUCCCGCACUCUUCACACUCAUGACUUUUUACACCAGUGUGUGUAAGGGUGUGUGUAUCAAGGGUACUCUUCAGGCUGAAUUUUUUCCCACAUUCCUUACAUUCAUAGUUCUUCACACCAGUGUGUGUAAGGGUGUGUCUAUCAAGGGUACUCUUCCGGAUGAAUUUUUCCCCACAUUCCUUACAUUCAUAGUUCUUCACACCAGUGUGUGUAAGGGUGUGUGUAUCAAGGUGACCCUUCAGGGUGAAUAGUUUCCCACAUUCCUU